CCCAAAAAUGACAUCUAGGUUGCGGUGGAGCAGGGGUCGACUGAGACUCUGAGGAAGGAAAGAAAGAAAGAAAGAAAGAAAGAAGUGAAAGCUGGGUUUCAUCUGUUGGACCAGAAGCCACCCAAAGACGCACCAAGACAGGCAGGCGCGGGGGCAUUACGCACGGUUUCCAUUUGGAUGCUUCUGCUCGAGCGCGUACUUUUAUUGUCUCCUUUGGAAAUGUAGUUGCAUUCUUGAGGAAAUCUCAAGAGGACAGUUGCGGUUGGUAGUUGAUGAGAGGAGUGAGUGAGAGCCGUUGAGCCUCCCGUUUCCUGUGUUUGCCAGCAGCGCUGCAGCUGGGCUCGAGAAGCCCCGCUGCGCUCACUGAAAACCCCGGCGGUCCUCCUUCUCCGCGUCAGACCUCAUCCAGCAGCCCACUGCAAAAGUCCAGCUUCGGUGGGGAAAGGAAAAGAAGAAAUGUGCGACCUGAUGCCAGCCUCUCAGCCCGCGGAGAAGAUCGGGAAAAUGAAGAAGUUGAGGAGAACUUUGUCCGAGAGUUUCAGGAGCAUUGCGUUCAAGAAAGAGGACAGUGGCUUUGAUGAGAUAUGUGUCACAAAGAUGUCCACACGCAGCUGCCAGGGAUCGGACUCGGUCAUCAAGCCCCUGGACACCAUCCCUGAGGACAAGAAAGUGAGAGUUCAGCGCACGCAGAGCGGCUUCGACCCGUUCGAGAAGCCUGCCAGUCAGGUGAAGAGGGUCCACUCUGAGAACAAUGCCUGCAUCAACGCCAAGACUUCGUCUGCUGGCAAGGAGUCCCCCAAACUGCGCCGACACUCCAGCCCCAGUUCUCCCACAAGUCCCAAGUUCGGAAAGGCAGACUCGUACGAGAAGCUGGAGAAACUGGGAGAGGGUUCGUACGCUACGGUGUACAAGGGGAAGAGCAAGGUGAAUGGGAAGCUGGUGGCUCUCAAGGUGAUUCGCCUCCAAGAGGAGGAAGGAACGCCCUUCACGGCCAUAAGAGAAGCUUCUCUUCUGAAAGGCCUGAAGCAUUCAAACAUCGUGCUCCUCCAUGACAUCAUCCACACCAAGGAGACCCUGACUCUGGUCUUUGAAUAUGUGCACACAGACCUGUGUCAGUACAUGGACAAACACCCCGGCGGUCUCCAUCCAGACAAUGUGAAGCUGUUCCUGUUCCAGUUGCUCCGAGGCCUCUCCUACAUUCACCAGAGGUACAUCCUCCACCGCGACCUGAAACCACAAAACCUGCUCAUUGGCGACACCGGAGAGCUCAAACUUGCUGAUUUUGGUCUUGCCAGGGCCAAGUCAGUCCCCAGCCAUACCUACUCCAAUGAGGUGGUGACCCUGUGGUACCGACCCCCUGACGUCCUCCUGGGAUCCACGGACUACUCCACCUGUUUGGACAUGUGGGGAGUGGGCUGCAUUUUCAUUGAGAUGAUCCAAGGAGUGGCUGCCUUUCCGGGGAUGAAGGACAUCCAGGACCAGCUGGAGAGGAUAUUCUUGGUCCUUGGAACGCCGUCUGAAGACACCUGGCCCAGUGUUAACUCCUUGCCUCACUUCAAAUCAGAACGCUUUACAGUGUACAGUGCUAAGAAGCUCAGGCAAGCGUGGAAUAAGUUGGGUUACGUGGACCACGCUGAAGAGCUGGCCUCCAGAUUCCUCCAGUGCUUCCCAAAGAAUCGCCUGUCAGCCCAGGCAGCGCUGAACCACGAGUACUUCAGCAACCUUCCUCCGCGGCUCUGGGAGCUGCAGGACAUGUCUUCUAUCUUCACCGUACCAAAUGUCAAGUUGCAGACAGAGAGCGGGGACAGCAUACAGGUGUGCGCGCGAAGGAACAGUCACGGAAAAGGUUCCUCUGGCAGCAAACACUGACCUGAGGCAGAAUCCUCCUGCACAUGGCUGCUGA